CUCUACGAGUUCAGCCGCAUGCUCAUCGACUCGGAUCGCAGAUUCCACGACCAGCUCGACCACGCCACUGCCGAGCAAGAACGCGCCCACCACGAGGCAUUGGCCAAGGCCGCCGCUGAGCACGACCGCGUCCGCCAGAGCGCUGAACGCGUCGCCGAAAAAUGUCGCCUCGAGCUCGAGCGCGAGAGGCGGCGGAGGGAAGAAGAAUCACAACUCGAGGUCGAGCGCAUGCGCCAGGAGAACGCGCGCAUCGAGGCCGCCGAACACCAACGCAAGCUCGACGAGCUGCGCAGGGCAGAGGAGGAACAGCGGCAGGCUGCUGAGCGCGCCAAGGCUCUGCUCGAGGCCGAGGAACGGUUACGUGCGCAAAAGGCAGCAGAGGAGGCAGAUGCUGCAAGGCGGGCAGCCGAACAGGCGGAGAGCGACCGCAAGGCCAAGGAGGCUGCUGAAGCCGCAGCAAAGGCCCGGGCAGAAGAAGCGGCCAGACGUCCUGCUGCUGCUCCUGCUGCUGCUGCUGCUGCUUCUACUCCAGCUCCAGCAAUCAGCAAUCUCUUAAAUGGCACAACUACAACAGCCCCAGCCCAACCCGCCGCGCCCGCAAGCACAGUCGACUCGCCAUUAGUGACGCCGCAGGCAGAAAAGGAAGCUACUCACACGGAAUACCUCGCCCUUCACCAGCGCCUAAAGAAGUUCCGCAAUGAUUUCACCAAGGCAGCAAGAUCCAAUGCCGACCCCACGCUCAAGGAUAUGUCCUCCGACAUGCGCCGCCAAAUUCGCACCAAAGUCGGCCAGCUUACUCUGAACCCCAAGGAGAACCGAGUACCUCUCAGCCAAAUCCGGCAAAUAUUCUACAAGGCCCUGGAGACGCCGCACCUUGGCAUGGUCGAUGCACGGGAAUACUUGAUCAACCAAACACGGGCUCAAGUGCCCGACACACACGCUCAAGCACCCACGCUCCUCAUUUUCCUCUUCUCGCACCUAGCCAAAACGCUCGUUGCCCAAUUCGCCAGCGAAGCAGGCGUCAACCCCAAAGCCGCAGACCCAAUUGGCAUCAUCGCGGUCAGCAUCUUCGGCGACCGCAAGCUCUGCCUCGGCCCCAAUCACGACGUGCCCUUUUCGGACAUACUCCUGGCGAAAUACCACCGCAGCUGCGGCGUGCUCUUCGGGAUCUACGGGCCCGACCGCACGCAGCGCGGCCGCGCGCGCCUCGGCUGGCGCCAGGUCGACGGCGAGUGGAUCACCGAGCAGGCGAACCUGGAGCGCAUGACGGGGCUGGGCGCGGGCUGGGCCGCCCUCACGCUGCGCAACUUCCGCGGCAAAGAGGCCCUGCUGCACCCGUUCCCCAAUGCAAACUUCUGGCGCGCCUUCUCCCGCAUCGUCAACACGCCGCCCGCCGACGCGCAGCCCACGCACUUUAUCGUCUUGAAGGCCAUGCUCGAGGGCAAGAGCGUCGAGAAGUUCAUUGGCGUCUACGGCAAUGCUGCUGUAGCGGCGCUGCGCAAGGCGCUGUUUGAUUUCCCGAGAGGCCAGGACAACACCGCGGCCAAGGCGUUGGGCGUCAUGGCGCAGACGGUUAGAGACGAGAUGCGCGUGCCGCUGUGAUGACAUGGAGGAGGGAGGAUCUACGACGCGCUUGGAGCAGCCACCAGGCCACUCGCUCGCCAUGAUUCAUGGGAGCGGCUGUUUUUUUGAGAGAUUUUCUUUUUCUUUUUUUUUUUUUUUUUUCGCUCGCCAUCGACGCUUAUUCUCAAUGUUAAAAUAAAAGAUCGCAGUUGGCCUUGUUGGCUAUCGCGCUGGAGUUCAUGGGAUGUUAGGGAUGGGAUCGGAGGCCAGAGGCUGGAUUGCGUAUGGAUAGGCCCGUAUCUAGACACGAAGGGUCGUAGAUCAAACAGUCACGUAUGAUAUGAAUGUGGAGAGCACGGAAAUAAGAUAGGGGAUCGAGC